AUGGCAUUGCUACAGCAGUUCUUGGACCCUCAGUGGAAGGUCUUCACACUAGAAAGUCUCCCCAGCGUCCCGCGGCACGUGUGGGCCCGUGAGCGGCGGCGCGGCGCGGGCGCGGCGCUGGGGGGCCCUAGCACGGUGUACGCGCAGGUGGUGGCGGCGGGCGGCCGCGACGCGGGCGCCUCCGUGUUCGUCUUCUCCGAGUUCAACCGGUACCUCUUCAACUGCGGCGAGGGCGCGCAGCGGGCCAUGCAGGAGCACAGGCUGAAGAUCUCGCACCUGGACUGCGUCUUCCUCAGCAGGCUGGCGUGGGCCAACGUCGGCGGGCUGCCGGGUAUGAUUCUCACAUUAAAGGCUAUGGGGCUUCAAAGAUGUGUUUUCCUAGGGCCACCAAAGCUGCAAAACUACUUGAAAGCAAUUCGGCUCUUUCCUGGACCCCUAAAAAGAAUGGAUUUAGCUGUGCAGUUGCACACAGAGCUGGAAUAUAAGGAUGAGACGAUGACAGUCCACCAAAUACCUCUUAUAGGAAAACCACUAGAUGCUGAAAAUACGUUUCCUCAGAGUCCAGGAUUAUCAGCGCAAGGUGAAAAUAGCCCAAAAGGUGACGCAGAGCCUGGAUCUCCAAAAGCUGCACAUCCAAGCUUGGAUGAGGGCAAAGGAAAAGAAAGCCCGAAGAAAACAGGUGAUGAACAGAAACGUGCCAGCAGGCAUCCUGAUCUGGUGAUGGCUUUCCUUUGUAAAAUUCACCCAAGGAAGGGAAAAUUUCUAGCAGUUAAAGCACAGGAGAUGGGGCUGCCAGUGGGAACUCCAGCCAUUCUGCCCAUAAUUACAGCUCUUAAAAAUGGGGAGAGCAUCACUUUCGACGGCAGGGAGCUCUCGCCUGAAGAACUGUGCACCCCUGCUGAUCCUGGCCCAGUGUUCAUUGUACUGGAAUGUCCUCACGAAGGCUUUGUGGAUGCUGUCUGUGAAAAUGAGACCUUCCGAAGGUACCAGGAAGGGCUUCCUGAGAACCAGGUGGCCAUGGUUAUUCACAUGACUCCAGAAUCAGUGCUUCGGGACAGCCGCUACCAGCAAUGGCUGCAAAGAUUUGGACCUGGAACUCAGCACUUGGUGCUCAAUGAGAAGUGCUCUGCAGUGCACAACCCACGUAGCUACAAGAUCCAAACCCAGCUGAACCUCAUCCACCCAGAGAUCUUCCCGCUGCUCACCACCUACCAGAGCAAGGAAGAAGAGGCUGUAUGUAGUGUGCCCAUUGUGCGAGGAGAGUGCCUUUUGAAAUACCAGUUCAGACCUCAACAGGAGUGGCAGAGGGAUGCUGUCACUGUCUGUGAUCAUGAUGCAUUUGUUGCUGAAGCCCUGGAUCUCCCUGACUUCCAGGCUCGUGUGAAGGAAUGCAAAGAGAACCUGCCUGCAGUACCAGAAAAAAUGGAUGCUUAUCCCGAAAUUGUAUUCUUGGGAACAGGAUCAGCAAUUCCGAUGAAAAUACGAAAUGUCAGUUCCACGCUGGUAAAUAUUAGCUCUACCCAAUCCCUGCUCUUGGACUGUGGGGAAGGAACGUUUGGACAGCUCUGUCGCCACUAUGGAGAGCAAGUUGACCAAAUGCUGUGUAACAUAGCAGCUGUGUUUGUGUCUCACAUGCAUACCGAUCAUCAUUCGGGCUUGAUGAACAUCCUGAUGGAGAGGCGGAGAGCUUUUGCUUCCCUUGGUCAGGCUUUUAGCCCCCUGUUUCUGGUAGCACCUGAACAGAUCAUGCCUUGGCUAUAUGAGUACCACAACCACUGUGAAGAAAUUCUCAGAGACAUCAAAAUGGUUACUUCCCAGUCUCUUGUGAAAGGCUGUGAGAACAUCAAACCUAAAAUGAAAGGGUUUGUCAGUUCUUUGUUAGAGAUCUAUGACUUGGCUGAGUUUCAGACUUGUGAAGUUCAGCACUGUAAAAAUGCUUUUGCAUGUUCAAUGAUCCACAAAUCUGGCUGGAAAGUAGUCUAUUCUGGUGACACAAUGCCCUGCAUGGCCUUAGUAAAAAUGGGGAAAAAUGCUACUCUGCUGAUCCAUGAAGCAACACUGGAAGAUGGCAUGGAAAAAGAAGCUAUAGAGAAAACACACAGCACAACCUCCCAGGCAAUUCAGAUUGGGAUGAAGAUGAAUGCAGAGUUCAUCAUGCUCAAUCACUUCAGCCAGAGGUAUGCCAAGAUCCCACUGUUCAGUGAAGACUUUAGUGAGAAGGUUGGAAUUGCAUUUGAUCAUAUGAGGGUACGUUUUGGUGACUUUCCGACUAUCCCAAAGCUGAUCCCACCUCUGAAGGCUUUGUUUGCAGAUGACAUAGUAGAAAUGGAGGAGCGGAAGGAAAAACGGGAGCAGCGCCUUCUGAAGGAGGCUGCAAUAGUCUUGGACAAACUGGCUGGUGGUGAGAACGAGGAAACACCGUGCCAGAAACGGAAACAAGCCAAGAGCCCUCAGGAAGUAUCAAGCAAGAAGCUUAAAACAGUAAACUGAAAGAAAAGAGGUUGAGAAUUCUCUGCUCUGUAAGGGACACCCUGUCCUCUGCAGGCCUCUGAAGUUUGCGGUGCCGGGGGCUGCCUGCAGGUACAACGGGAAAAGGGUCCGGCCUCAGCGUCUGGGUGUGCUCGGUCGUCAGUGGAUCUCUGUGGGCUGAAGCUACCAAGCAUGCUGUAAGCAGCUGGGAGUCCUUGUGGCAACAGUAUAUGUCCACGUGGCUCCUGUUCCUGGGUCUCAGCUGUCCACAGCAUUUUUCUUUCAGCCAAGAGUUCUCUUCAAACUAUUUUAUUUUUUGGUUUUAUACUAGAAGCUAUAUAGGUAAUGAAGCAGCAGCAGUUACAAUCUUGGGAGUUGCAAGAGGUCAGGUCUGAGAAGCCCUCAAAGGGCUGUGGGUUCUCCAGAAUAAGGUGGGCAGGUCUCUGGGUAUAUGAGUCAUGUAACUACAUAUCAUGACCUAGUCUGUAUGAGGAAAUUUCACAGUAAAAUAAAUGGGACCCGAUUAAUUGCUUUUAGAGAUGUAGGUUGAUUUAAGGAUCUGAAUGCUGCUGAGUUCCCAUUUUAGUUUGUUUUUCUUGGUUGAUUCCCCCACCCCCCUCAUCAGGACGCUUUUCUAAAACCUUUAUUUACAGUCUGAAUAAACCAUUCAACAUCAUA